AUGGCCGUGUUUUUCUUGCCGCGGAUCAUUAGGACGAUUAGGGUUCCUACGGAAAGGGGGAAACAGAUUAGCACCGGAGACAGAUUACUUGACAUAUUGUGUGAUGUAUGCGGUGACCGUAGUUCCGGAAAACACUACGGCAUCUACAGCUGCGACGGUUGUUCGGGAUUUUUCAAGCGAAGUAUACACAGCAAUCGAGAAUAUAUUUGCAAGGCCCAGGGUGCUAAGAAAGGACGUUGUCCAAUUGACAAAACCCAUAGGAAUCAAUGCCGUGCUUGUCGUCUCGCUAAGUGUUUCGAAGCUAACAUGAACAAGGACGCAGUACAACAUGAGCGCGGACCGAGGAAACCGAAACCUCAUGCGAUUAUCUCGUCGGAGAAGCAACAUCAGCAACAGUCGCCGAUUGUCACGCAGUUGUCUUCCCAUUCCACAACCCCGGUGCGCAAUGAUCGAUUAAGACCAGCACUCGCUCCACCGUAUGUCCUCUCGCCGCACAGGUGUUAAGGUGACGACCAAAGAUUCACGCCUUAUCCACGACCGAUGGCGCUGGUACAGAAACCGCCGGAGGAAUCACCAUCCCCCGUACCGCUGAUCCUACCGCACCCUCGCACGACCACGACCCUCUAUCAGGCGGCCACGACCGUCUCCCUAGCGCCGCAGCCUCCCCUUCUGCAGAUACUAAUGUCUGCCGAGGAAUGUCAGGAACUGGUUUGGAACGCGCGAUUACAACCUACGGCGGAAUAUCCGAUAGAGCAGAUGGAAACGGAGACAAGUCGGAGCCCGACGGGUACCGUGCAGAGUUUCAGUCCGACCUGGGAGAUGCUGCAGGAGACAACAGCCCGACUGCUCUUUAUGGCUGUCAGGUGGGUGCGUUGUCUGCCGCCUUUUCAAACGAUAUCGAAGGACGAUCAGCUGCUGUUGCUGGAACGAUCCUGGACGCAAUUGUUCCUCCUGCAUUUGGCGCAAUGGUCCGUCUCAUGGGAUAUCACGGCGCUUCUCGAGGACGAGCAAGUGCGCAGCAGACUACCCACGGACGAUAACCCGACAAACCAGGAGCUCGUCCUUAUUCAGGCUAUAAUAUGCCGAUUCAGACAAUUGUCUCCUGAUUUCGGCGAGUGUGGCUGCAUGAAGGCAGUGGCUUUGUUUACGCCAGAGACAGUUGGCUUGCACGCGGUCCAGCCUAUUGAGAUACUGCAAGAUCAGGCCCAACGUAUUUUAGUGGAUUACACAAGGUCACGAUAUCCGCAACAACCCGGAAGAAUCGGCAGGUUGAUGAUUCUAGUCGGCUACUUGAGGUGCGUUUCUUCCAAGACCGUCGAACGUCUGUUCUUUCAUGAAACCAUCGGGGAAAUACCAAUCUCACGCUUGCUAGUCGACAUGUACCAAAUGGAGAAGUACAUCAACUGAAGCGCAUUUGCAUUUUGCAUAUCGUACAUAUAUCUAUACGCAUCAUAAAUGUGUGUCAGGACCAGCGAGCUCGCAGCUUCCCAAAACUCUUCACAUGUAAAGACGUCACAGAAAACAAGAUAACAGAAAAGUUUUUGAAUUCCAUAGCGGCUCCCACCUUUCCUUUCUGUCGGCGAUUCUUGCCCUUGCGAUUAUGUAGCAUAUCCGAUGUGGAAGGUGAUUCUUUAUUAUUUUAUCAAAUUCAUCAUACAUGAAAUUUCUAUAACAAUACUGUUACGGAAUUAAUAAUUCCUUAUGUCGGUUACUUUUAUAGAGUACUAACCGUAAAAUGUCUAGUCUUUCUGUCGAUUUUUGAUUUUAAUCGUUUUUAAUUUUUUCUACUUUAAAUACUAUAAUUAAAAUAAAAUUAUACACACACAUACGCACACGCGCGCAUUCCUAUGAAGAUAUAGUUGUAAUUAACAUUAUACUUAAUUUUUGUUAAUAUUUUUAUUUCAAUAUACGUAAACAUCAAAAACAUACAUAAGUAAUUGUUUUUUUUUUAUUAUACAUAUUAUUUUCAUAUUAACAAAAAUACGAUGGCCAAUUAUGAAUAAAAUCUGGAUAAUGGUUAAUACAUAUUCGCUUCUAAUGGCGUUCUUUACUUAGCAGAGUAUUGGCUAUUAUCCACUAUUCGUGCCAUUGUAUUUCUAAUUAAAUCGAAAUUAAAUACAUUACAUUUACGUCAUCGUUUGUGCAUGAUAACUUUUCUUUAAUAAGAGCGACAGAUUAAAAUCAUAAAGUACAUAAAGUACCAAAUUCAUAUAUUCCAAUGAAUACAAAAUCUAAGAAGAAGUAAUAUGAAGAAAUUUCAUGCGCUUUUCAUUGCUUAUUUCAACUUCAUUGAUCAAUAUAGAUCGCAGAAAUUUUAAUGAAGCAGAAAAAUUGACAUUUAUUUUCUGUAUUAUUUAAGUCCUUGUUCGUAUUUCUAUGCUUUUGUAAAAUAGUAAUAAUCUCUUAUUAUACGAAACUCUGCGUUUUAUUUGGAAUAAUAAAACUGUUUUUCUAACAAUACGUUUUUAGAAUAUUUAAAAUACUAAACGGAGUACAACCAAUUGUAAAACAGUUUUGAAAAUUGUGCUCGAAAAAAAUAUUCGAGUAUCUGUAAUAUAUUAUAUGUCCCUCUCUGUGAUCUCCCUUAAAUAAAGAAUUAUUAUAUCAAUUCGAUUUGUUAAAUAAUGAUGCGUGGAAUAUCGUAUAUGUAUUGCAUUAGCGUAAAGAUAAAUUGUAUGGUAAAUAUAACGUAGGCAAUGCAAAUGUUGCAAUAUAACUACUAUAAUAUAAUUGUAAAAAGCGUAGUAUAAUAAUGGUGCUCUAAUUUUUUUAUGUCAUUGCUUUGACAAUAGAUAACAUUUAUUUAUAAGGUUUUAUUCGAGUGCAAUGCAGAAUUCUUUUAUCACGAAUUGAUGGUAUCGAACAAAACGGGACGAAAUAUAUCGUAAAAUGAAAUAAUAGUCAA